AUGGCUACACGAUUUUCACCGAAGAUUGCACUGGUGGGUUCCGGCAUGAUUGGCGGCACGGUGGGCCUACUGUCUGGGUUGUCUUCGCUGUCGAACAACAUUGUUUUCCUCGACGUCGUGGAAGGUAUGCCGGCGGGUAAGGCUCUUGAUUUGGCCCAGGCCACGACUUGCCAAGACAUUCAAUGCACUUCGACCGGCUGCUCGGACUUAAGCGAGAACUCGGAGGGACUUAAAGAUGCGGACAUUGUCAUUGUCACCGCAGGCUUCCCCCGAAAACCCGGGAUGUCUAGAGAUGACCUACUGAGCAAAAAUGCCGAAGUCAUUUCGAAUGUCGGAAGGGCCAUAGGAAAGCAAUGCCCUAAAGCCUUCGUCAUAUGCAUCACCAACCCUCUAGAUGUGAUGGUUUCCUUGUUGCAAAAGGUCUCCGGCUUGCCCACUAAUCGUGUGGUCGGCAUGGCAGGCCUGUUGGAUUCCUCUCGGUUCCGCUACUUCUUGGCUGAGGCCCUGAAGGUCUCUGUGAAAGACGUGCACACAAUGGUUUUGGGGGGGCACGGUGAUGCUAUGGUACCCGUGCUCUCGGCCACAUCGGUCAACGGCAUCCCGCUCUUCACAAUUAUUGAGAUGGGAAUGAUAACACAGAAGCAGGUGGAUGACAUCGUGGAACGCACUCGCCAAGGCGGCGGAGAAAUCGUCGCCCUCUUGAAAAUGGGAAGUGCGUUCGUUGCUCCUGCUGUAUGCGCUCUUUCUAUGGUUCAGGCAUAUCUCAGGAAUGAAAGAAGGAUCAUUCCGUGCUGCGCCUACAUCGACGGCAAGUAUGGCUUGAAGGCCACCUACGGAGGAGUCCCCUGCAUUAUAGGCUCCAAUGGAGUUGAGGAAGUUCUUGACCUUAAAUUAGCCGGUCAAGAAAAAGAAAUGUUUAUAAAGAGCAUGAAAGAUGUGGAGGAUUUGCGCGCUAAUUGCCGCAAACUCGGUUUUGAGGCAUAA